AAUAGUUAGUCGCGGGUUGUAGAAACAGUUUGUCGUCAAAGGUCAUGGAGGAUAAACGUAAUAGGGAUAUCUGUAGCAUAUGUCAAGAGCAUUUCACCAAACCUAAAAUUAUUUCGUGUUUUCACACAUUUUGUGAAGACUGUCUGGGGAGUCACAUCGAGAAAACUGCAGAGAAUUCUCGUUUUUCGUGUCCGGUUUGCCGGAAAGAUAUUGUUGUUCCCGCAGGCGGCGUGGCCGAAUUCUCAUAUAAUUUUUAUAUUGAAGAAGAAUCUUUUAAAGUGGAGGCGAGAGCGGAAACUAUCAACUGUGAUAUAUGUGAGGACGGUGAUUCGAACUACAGAUGUAUAGAAUGUGGUCAGUAUUUAUGUGAAUCUUGUAAAGAUAAACACGAUCAAUUUGCUGGCUGUAUCAAACACACAGUGUUCGGUUUAGAUGAUGAAACGGAAGUUAAACUCAAAAAGAAGAGAGAAGUUUGUACAGAACACGAAACAGAGGAACUGGACUUCUAUUGUGAGACUUGUGCCGAAAUCAUCUGUAUCAAGUGUUUGAUGUCGAAUCAUAAAGACCACAAGACCCCUCAGUUGAAAGACUGUGCAGAAGCUGUGAAGGCAGAGCUGACCAAACUACAAACAGAACUCGAGGAACAAUAUACCAAAAUUGAUGGGUAUGUAGCUUCCAUUGUUACCAAGGUAAAAGUGAUGAGAGAUUCUAAAACUGAAACUUGUAAGAAGAUCGACGAACAGGUACAAAAGAUAUGUGAUGCUGUAACAGCACUAGGAAACGAAUCUAAGAAGGAAGUUGGAACAACAUGUGAUGAGGAGGAACAAAAGAUGAAUAAAAUAAUAGAAAACAUGCAAAACCUCACACGACAAAUGGAACCUACUAUUGAACAUUUGAAACAAAUUUUGAAAAAGAACUCUGUAGUUGAAAACAUAAAUGUUCUUCCAGAAAUAAGAAGAGAAAAAGCAGAAAAAUGUUCAACGGAUUUAGCAUGUCUGCCUCGUGUUGUGACAGAAUACAGGACAGGUGUGGUCAACCUUGCCGGUCUAUCUGGCUAUCUUGGAGAGUUGUCCAUUUUACGUGGUCCAACAUUUCAACAUAAAUUCAGGUUGUCUAAACCUUCCAAAAGGCGGACAUUUGAAAGUACAGUAUACCGUGUUGAGGACCUGUCAUGGUUUCUAAGAAUUGCCACCCACGAAGACAGCGAUCAUGUGAAUAUAAGUUUAUAUUUAUACCUAGGAGAUCAACCAACCCUUAAAUCAGUGACAGCUCGCAUUAAACUAGAACUUCUUCAGGCCUCUGAUAGAAAGAGAUUAUGCACUAAGGAAGAUAACCAAACCUUUACAGGAGUAAUGGGCUGCUAUCGAUGGGAUGAUGUACCAACAGUCGGGGAACAUUCUGUUGGCAGUUUUCCUGUAUCAAGGCAGAGUCCUCCAGAAGAAAAAUAUUUUCUAGUUCAGGCAAACGUUAUCAUCGAAAAUACAAAAACAAAAUAACUACAAUUGUGUCAUAAACUGUUAACUAUAAAUGAGCCGCUGUAUUCGUAGACUAGUGUAUGUAUGAAUAUGUAACUCUUCCCUCAAAUUAGAGGAUUGUUUUGUUUUAAGAAUUCAGGGCCUAUAAAGAUAAUUACAAAAUAAAUAUUAUUGAUAAUUUGAUAAACAUCUGUAAUAAAUCCACUCAAACAAAAUGGACAGAGUGGUAAUCUCCCACAAUGCAGUUAAUGAAGCUUAAAACAAAGACUUGGAUCUCGAGUCACCUUGACAUUAACUAAGUUUGUCCAAAACAUGGCAAUGGUGGAAUCAUUACAGUUGCAUGAUUAGCAAAUGUUAAUACAGCUUCUGGAUUCAAUAAUUAAAUUAGUAGACAUUGAUAAUUUUUUGUAUGGUUUAAAAAAAUACACCUAAUAUAAUAUUAGUGAUGGCUACAAUUAUAUUAAUCCCGAUUUUUGUUAUCAUUACAUUCAUUAUUUCAUUCAUUCUAAUCUAAAGCGUUCGACUUUACGUGAAGUUGAGAAUCAUAAAUGGAACUCCAACUUGCAAGAGUUGUUUUUUUUUCAUAUGUACGCCAGCGUGUGCGCGGGAUCUCGACUUUUCAUGCCAACCGAACGACCUCAGAACCUCUGUCAUACACGACUGGAAAACCUCGGUGAACUUGUGUCCACCUAACAUGAAUCUUAGAUAUUGAUUCAGUAGGUAUAUAUAGUUCUUUAUACUAAUGUAUAUCAAAUAUUUAUAUUAAUUAUUAAGAUAGGUAUUAAGCAAUCUGAACAACAGACCCAAACCACCUGCAGAGACCAUUUAUUUUUCGAACGUUAGUUACGUACGAGUUAGUAAGCUAGUGAUAGCUUCUGGGUACAAAAAUGUAAUCGAAGCAAUACAGACAAUAACGUUCAUUCUUUAAUAAACCCAGUUCGACUUGAAAUAACUGUAGAUUUUAUAAGUGAGCGAGUUUUUAUUUUUAUUUUCGUCGCCUAAUAAUUCAUUAUGUAUAUUAUAUAUUAUGUCUUUUGUGCAUAUUAGUAUAAUGUGAAAUAGUUUAUUAGUACGCUUGUUCACAUAAUAUAUGCUAAUAUUUUAUAAUAAGUUUUUAAUUAAUAUGUGUUUCUUAUAUACGCCCGUGUACAUUAUAGCUCAGUCGGCGCAGAGCAGUAGGAUGUUAAACCCCAUGUUAUUACUUUCAUGUAUACUAUUAUAAUGUGAAAUAUUUUAUAAGUACACAUAAUACAUGAUAAUAUUCUAUAUUCAAUAAUUAAUAGAUGCUUUGCAUUUUAUGUUUUAAUUGUGAUUUUAAUGUCUUUAUUGUAUUCUGAUGUUCGGGUUUUUUUUAAAUACACUAUUUAUAGAUUGACUUUCC